UCACACGCACACAUAGACUGACGAGACUCCAAAGCGCUGCACGGCCAACCUCGCCAACUCUCUCUCUUCAAUUCUCCUAUGCAUUCAGCAGAACAGCCAUGAAUAAUUUGAACAAAAACUCUACACAAUCGCCAUCGCCAUCAAUGGCGGCAAAUUCGACGCCUACGGAUAGUUCAGGGAAGAAGGUACGGAAGCCCUAUACCAUUACCAAGUCCAGAGAGAGUUGGACUGAUGAAGAGCACGAUAAGUUCCUUGAAGCUCUUCAAUUAUUUGAUCGUGAUUGGAAGAAAAUUGAAGACUUUGUUGGUUCCAAAACAGUAAUUCAGAUACGAAGUCAUGCCCAAAAAUACUUUCUAAAGGUCCAAAAGAAUGGAUCAAUAGCACACGUGCCGCCACCUCGUCCUAAGCGCAAGGCCACCCAUCCUUAUCCACAAAAGGCAUCCAAAAAUGUUUUAUUGCCGCUUCAAGCAUCGAUCGGUUAUCCUUCUUCACUGACUGCCCUUGCACCUGGAUACUCUCCAUGGGAUGACACUUCCAUGCUUAUAAGCCCAUCUGGUGGAAUCAUACCAUCGCAAGAUGAAUACGAUCUCCACGGAUUUGAAGGCAUGCAUGCAUCUGAUAUUGGAUCAAAGGAGGCAGGAAGGAUCAGUAACAUCAGUACUAGUGGCAUAGGGAGCUCAAGUAGAGAAAUGCCAAGUUCUGAACUAGCAAAUCAAGGAGAACAAGGUUCUAUUCUCCCUGGUAUACCAGAUUUUUCUGAAGUCUAUAGCUUCAUUGGAAGUGUUUUUGAUCCAGAGACUAAAGGACAUGUGCAGAAACUAAAGGAGAUGGACCCUAUAAACUUUGAAACAGUCUUGUUAUUAAUGAGAAAUCUCACAAUGAACUUGUCAAGUCCGGAUUUUGAGCCAAUGGUAAUUUGUCCUUUUUCAUGAGCCUAUAUCCACUCCUAAUAAUUGGUAGGAGCUCAUGCCUGAGUUCUGAAAACAGGUUCAUGUUUGAUAAUUUGUUUGAUACUCCUUGAAAAUCCUUAAAAGUUACCUGCUAUCAUGGCAUGGGCUCAUUUGGCACAUGAAUAUCGUAAGUAACACAAAGUAAAUCACUUUCACCCUCUAUUUUUGUAUUUACUGAGAUGUCAUUAUAUAGUGCCUGCUGCUAAGUGCUGGUUUUUUAGCUAACUGUUACUUCCAAUAUCUUCUUCUUCCAUCAUAUAGAGAUUUUAUAUGAAGGUUUUUUUUUCCGAUAAACAGGAUGUGAAGGAAUUUGUAUCAUUUAAAAUGGAUAUUGCUGCAUAAUGUUUCUAGGAUCAUCAAAAUUAUGAAUCGACUAUACUAGUUAUAUAAUUGUGCAAGGUAUAACUAAUUCUUUAACUUCCAAAAUCAGGCAUGUUGGGUUUUAAGAUUUGAAAUCAUAGAUGGUUUUCUUUUCUUACUUUACUGAAUAAUUCGAACCAUAAAAAGGCAUAGCCAAAUGCAUACCUGCCAUAGCACACAUAUCUGAAACAACAGCUGAAUAUUUUCAGCUGGACUUGACACCAAGACCAAUUGAUCAAAUUCCUAAACAGAUUCAUCAUAUAGAACUAGAACACCAUAUCUAGAGCAUUUAAACCACUUGGACAUUUCAU